CAGGCAAGGACCGUGCAGGACCCUGGGAGUGAGACCUCCUCCCAGCGUGUGCGCCAGACACCUCUGCUUCCAUGGGCUGCCCUACGACUGCCCAGGGGUCCCCGGUGAGGACUCCGAGCCAGCCACUCAGGGUGAGGCUGUGCCUUUCUCUGCCUCAGCGUCCUGUCUGUGAAGUGAGAGGGUACAGCAGAAGUGGGUGCGUUUUCACGACGCACCCAGAGUGACCACUGGCCUGGAAGAGCAUGUCAGGAUUUGCCGUGGUAGAGUUGGACGCAAGGCUCUAGUGUAGCACCAGCUCGCAGGCAGGCCUGUGUGACCCUUACCUGGGCUCCUCACUACCUGCCACAGCCCUGAGCUGCCCGCCCAGCCCAGGCCACAUCCUUCCUCUGGACUCUGUGUCUCUGGGAGCUGCCUCAUGUGUCAGACAUGACAGGUCUGUAGCUUGCUGGUCUGGCUGCAUGGCUGGCCCUUGCGGCCUGGGCUGGACUCCUGCCCCAGGUGGAGAGGCAGCAGGCCUUUCCAAGGCUGGGGGCGAACUGGACAGACUUGCAGGGAGCCCCAGCAUGGGGCCCAUGGCAAGAGUAGGCCCAGGCUGGUGGAGCCAGUGGGGUUGCUCCUCUUCCUGGGGCUGUCAUUGUUUGGAGAUGGAGCCCCAUAAGGGGUCUGCUGGCUCCCUGGGCCCCUAGGCUCCUGGUUUGGGGUCCCUGGCUGGGCGAGUGCCUGCAGAUCCUGUAAACUAGCGCUGAGGGGAUGUUGAGAAGGGCUCCGCAAGACAGGUAGCCCCUGCCUUCUUGUCACAAAUCCCAUCACUGGUUCUACCUUCAUAUUUCACAUCUGUCCGUCUGUCCACUGCCCCAGGGCCCCUGUCAGGCUCUGCCCCUUCCCAACCUGUACAGUGCCCUAUGACAAGGGCGUCCUGGGGACAGAGACCCACACCUCCCCUGCCAUCAUCACCCCUGUGUUCCCUAGACCCUCCCACUCCCCCGGCUCCCACCCUCCUCAUACAGAAAGCUCUCACUGGGACCCCAGGCCUGCAGGUGCCCCCACUCCCCCACACUGGUGUCUACUACUGACCCUCCUCUGCAUUUGUGGAGUUCUCGGUGUGGCCGGAGCCCCAGGAGGAGGGAGCAUGUUCUUGUGGCCGCACAUCCCUGCUGGGUUGGUGAGUAGUUGCGGGACUGGGGGCGGGAGGACCUGAGUUCAGAUCCUGGACCCAGUUUCCCCCUCUGCAAAAUGGGGUGUUGGGCUGACCCAAGGUACCUGUGAGAGGCAGGAGAUGAGGGUGCACAGCCAGGGCUGCCUGAGGCCCCGCGCGAGGCCAGCACUGCGGAGAGGCCAGCAGUUAUCAGAACUGAUAAGAAAGGCACAGAGUUCUUGGUGGGACAAAACCUGUGUGAACAGUUAAAGCCAAGAGCAGAAGUGUCCCAGAAAUGUUACAUUCUCAGCAAAGCUGAUUCCUGAGCCUCAGACCCCACGGCAAGAACAGUGGCCCCUCUGCCAUGGGGGACGAGGGUGGCAGUGGGUGGGCAGACUCCCAACCACAGUUGCCCUCCCAGGCACACACGUGAGUAUGUGCACACGCACAUGGAUAUGCAUACAUACGCCUGGCUUGGGCCCCCCAUUCUUCCCUGCCUCUGGCCCCCUCACAUCCUGACCCCUCCACAAUCCCACCGUGACUUGAAGCCCCUGCCCAUGAUGAAGGGGCUACUGUCAGGCAGAGAGACCCACCCUCGGGGCCCCCAAAUGGGCCAUGUGCACAAAGGACGAUGGGACAGAGGCUCGGAACGGUCUGGAAAACACCAUACAGCCGAGGGGAGAGCAUCUUAUCACCUGUGUCCCCCUAGAGAUGGCCUCCCAUCUGCAGCCCAGACCCUCCCCCGUCUGUGCCACCCUGUUUUUCAGUGAUACAACACAAACGCUCUGGCAACACCCUCAGGCCUGGAUACAACAAGAGAGAAUGUGUCCCCUGGGCCAUCGACAGAGACAGGAAGCCCACGGGGGCUGCAUCUGAGGCACACCUGGAGCUGGAGCCGGCCGGAUGGGCAUCGGGACAUGCUGAUCUCCCCUCAAGACAGCCAGCGGGCAUCCUGGUCAUGGAAGACUGCAACACACGCUCGGCUGCCAGCAUCCUGGCCUCGGUGAAGGAGCAGGAGGCCCGCUUUGAGCGGCUGACUCGGGCGCUGGAGCAGGAGCGACGCCAUGUUGCCCUGCAGCUGGAGCGUGCCCAGCAGCCUGAUGUGGGCAGUGGUGGCGUGAGCAGUGGGCAGUCCCCGUCGAUGGCCUGGCAACAGCUGGUCCUGCAGGAGCAGAGCCCGGGCAGCCAGGCCUCACUGGCCACCAUGCCGGAGGCACCCGAAGUGCUGGAGGAGACAGUGACAGUGGAGGAGGACCCUGGCACACCCACCUCCCAUGUGUCCAUUGUCACAUCAGAAGACGGCACUACCCGGCGCACUGAGACCAAGGUCACCAAGACAGUCAAGACGGUGACCACACGAACAGUGCGCCAGGUGCCUGUGGGCCCAGACGGCCUCCCCCUGUUGGAUGGCGGCCCCCCACUAGGCCCCUUUGCCGAUGGCCCCCUGGACCGGCACUUCUUGCUGCUCGGGGGAGGCCCGGCAGCCACACUCUCCCGUGCCUACCUCAGCAGCGGGAGCGGCUUUCCCGAAGGCCCCGAGACCCGUGACGUCCCCAGCUAUGGCAGCCUGUCCCGUGGGCUGGGCGUGCGGCCCUCGCAUGGUGGCCCCCUUGGCCCAGGCCCUGGUGAUGGCUGCUUCACACUGCCUGGCCGCUGUGAGGCCUUCCCCAUGGGCCCUGAGCCUGUGCCACCAGCUGGCCGCUCCCAGCCUGAGCGCUUCCAGGCAGAGCCCUAUGGCUUGGAGGAUGACACGCGCAGCCUGGCUGCUGACGACGAGGGUGGCCCGGACCUGGAGCCUGACUAUGGCACCACCAUGAGAAGGAGGCCUGACUGUGGGCGGGGCCUUCGCACCAGGGCCCGUGAGGACGUGGCGGAUGAUGGCGGCGAGCUGAUGGAGGAGCGGCCCCCGUUCCCGGCCAUGACUGCACCCCUCGCCCAGCCAGAACGGGGCAGCCUGGGUAGCCUGGACCGGGUGGUGCGGCACUCACCUUCAGUUGACAGUGCCCGCAAGGAGCCGCGCUGGCGGGACCCGGAGCUGCCUGAGGUUCUGGCCAUGCUGCAGCACCCUGUGGACCCCGUGAAGGCCAACGCGGCCGCCUACCUGCAGCACCUGUGCUUCGAGAACGAGGGUGUCAAGCGUCGUGUGCGGCAGCUGCGGGGGCUGCCUCUGCUUGUGGCCCUGCUGGACCACCCGAGGGCGGAGGUGCGGCGACGGGCCUGCGGGGCUCUGCGGAACCUCUCCUAUGGCCGAGACACCGACAACAAGGCUGCCAUCCGGGACUGCGGCGGCGUGCCCGCCUUGGUGCGCCUGCUGCGGGCCGCUCGAGACAACGAGGUCCGCGAGCUCGUCACAGGCACACUCUGGAACCUGUCAUCUUAUGAGCCCCUGAAGAUGGUCAUCAUUGAUCACGGCUUGCAGACGCUGACCCAUGAGGUCAUUGUGCCCCACUCGGGGUGGGAGCGCGAGCCCAACGAGGACUCUAAGCCACGGGAUGCCGAGUGGACAACUGUCUUCAAGAACACGUCAGGCUGCUUGAGGAACGUGAGCUCGGAUGGUGUGGAAGCCCGGCGGCGGCUCCGGGAGUGUGAAGGGCUGGUGGACGCACUCCUGCACGCCCUGCAGUCGGCCGUGGGCAGGAAGGACACGGACAACAAGUCUGUGGAGAACUGCGUCUGCAUCAUGCGGAACCUGUCCUACCACGUGCAUAAGGAGGUACCCGGGGCUGAAAGGUACCAGGAGGCUGAGCCUGGGCCCCCGGGGAGUGCUGCGGGCCCCCAGCGCCUGAGGCGGGAUGACGCCGGCUGCUUCAGUGGCAAGAAGGCCAAAGGGAAGAAGGAUGGUGAGAUGGACCGGAAAUUUGACACGCUGGACCUGCCCAAGCAAAAUGAGUCCGCCAAAGGCUUUGAGCUGCUGUACCAGCCUGAGGUCGUCCGCCUCUACCUCUCCCUCCUCACCGAGAGCCGUAACUUCAACACCCUGGAGGCCGCUGCAGGCGCCCUGCAGAACCUCAGCGCCGGCAACUGGACGUGGGCCACGUACAUCCGCGCCACGGUGCGCAAGGAGCGCGGGCUGCCGGUGCUCGUGGAGCUGCUGCAGUCCGAGACUGACAAGGUGGUGCGCGCUGUCGCCAUCGCCCUGCGCAACCUCUCGCUGGACCGGCGCAACAAGGACCUCAUCGGGAGCUACGCCAUGGCCGAACUGGUGCAGAACGUGCGCGAUGCGCAGGCUCCGGCGCGAUCCGGGGCCCGCCUGGAAGAGGACACGGUGGUGGCAGUGCUCAACACCAUCCACGAGAUAGUGUCCGACAGCCUGGACAACGCGCGCUCGCUACUGCAGGCCCGUGGCGUGCCCACGCUGGUGGCACUUAGCGCCGCCAGCCAAUCGGUGCGCGAGGCGAAAGCUGCGUCCCACGUGCUGCAGACCGUGUGGAGCUACAAGGAGUUGCGAGGUGCUCUGCAGAAGGAUGGUUGGACCAAGGCGCGCUUCCAGUCAGCUGCUGCUAACGCCAAGGGGCCGAAGGGAGCACCGAGUCCCGGAGGCUUCGAUGACAGCACACUGCCGUUGGUGGACAAGAGCCUUGAGGGUGAGAAGCCAGGCAGCGGGGACGUGAUCCCCAUGGAGGCGCUUGGCCCAGAUGGGUACUCCACCGUGGACCGGAGAGAGCGGAGGGCUCGAGGCAGUGACCCUACAGGGGAGGCCUCUGAGAAGGAACCAUUGAAACCCGACCCCGGGAGGAAGGCCCCUCCUCCUGGGCCCAGCAGGCCGGCGGUCAGGCUGAUGGACGCCGUGGGGGACUCUAGGCCUCAGCCCGUUGACUCCUGGGUCUAGCUUGCAUGCCUGGGCCCGAGCCCAGUCUUCUGUUCUUAGGGACCGGAUCACGAAAAGAAGGGAGCUCCAGGGCCGGCCUGUGCAGACCCUGCCGCAGAGCUGGGAGCCCCCUGGUGGCAGCGGUUGGCGGGGCCUCUGGCCAGGGAGUCAGGGCCGGACAUUCUGGACACGCCCCCUGGCCGCCCCCUCGCUCCCUCCCUCCUAACUCCCUAGGCCUGCUUAGCUGUUUACUGACUUGGUGCUGUGAGUGAGAGAGAGAGAGAGAGGGAGAGAAGGCGGUGGG